AUGGCUGAGAAGAUCCCGACGGGAAUGGCCAAGAAAGCGUCCCGAUCCACAGCCUCCCUGCCUCCCGAGCCCAUCGAGAUCAUCAGGAGCAAAGCCUGCUCCAGGAGGGUGAGGAUCAACGUGGGGGGACUGAACCAUGAGGUGCUGUGGAGGACGCUGGACAGGUUGCCCAGGACCCGCCUGGGGAAGCUCCGGGACUGCAACACCAACGAGUCGCUGAUGGAAGUCUGCGACGACUACAACCUGCCCGAGAACGAGUACUUCUUCGACCGCCACCCGGGGGCUUUCACGUCCAUCCUGAAUUUCUACCGCACCGGCAAACUGCACAUGAUGGAGGAGAUGUGCGCCCUGUCGUUCGGCCAAGAGCUCGACUACUGGGGGGUGGACGAGAUCUACUUGGAGUCGUGCUGCCAGGCCAGGUACCACCAGAAGAAGGAGCAGAUGAACGAGGAGCUGAGGCGCGAAGCCGAGACCAUGAAGGAGCGAGAGGGCGAGGAGUUCGACGACUCCUGCUGCCCCGAGAAGAGGCAGAAGUUGUGGGAUCUGCUGGAGAAACCCGGCUCUUCGGUGGCUGCAAAGAUUCUGGCCAUCAUAUCCAUCUUGUUCAUCGUAUUGUCAACUGUUGCCUUGUCUCUCAACACCCUUCCUGAACUUCAGGAUAUAGAUGAGUUUGGACAGGCCAAUGAUAACCCACAACUUGCCCACGUUGAAGCCGUUUGCAUUGCAUGGUUCACAAUGGAAUAUCUUUUGCGAUUCUUAUCGUCGCCAAGCAAGUGGAAGUUUUUCAAAGGCCCGCUGAAUGUUAUUGAUCUUUUGGCUAUUUUGCCCUAUUAUGUCACAAUUUUUCUCACCGAAUCAAACAAGAGUGUGCUCCAGUUUCAGAAUGUCAGGCGAGUGGUUCAAAUAUUCCGCAUCAUGAGAAUACUGAGGAUUCUCAAACUUGCCCGGCAUUCAACAGGUUUACAGUCAUUAGGUUUUACCCUCAGGAGAAGCUACAAUGAGCUGGGUUUGCUAAUAUUGUUUUUGGCUAUGGGCAUUAUGAUAUUUUCAAGCUUAGUAUUUUUUGCCGAAAAGGAUGAAGAUGCAACUAAAUUUACAAGCAUUCCUGCAUCUUUCUGGUGGGCGACUAUUACUAUGACCACAGUUGGGUAUGGGGAUAUCUAUCCCAAAACUCUGUUAGGUAAGAUAGUUGGCGGUCUCUGUUGCAUUGCUGGAGUGCUGGUGAUAGCCCUGCCGAUACCAAUUAUUGUAAACAACUUCUCGGAGUUCUAUAAGGAACAGAAGCGGCAAGAGAAAGCCAUUAAGAGAAGAGAAGCACUUGAAAGAGCAAAAAGAAAUGGAAGCAUAGUCUCCAUGAAUUUGAAAGACACGUUCACUCGUAGCAUGGAGCUUAUGGAUAUUGUGGUUGAGAAAGUUGAGGAGAAUAUAAACAAAAACGAAAAAACCCUUGAUAACCACCUUUCGCCGAGCAAAUGGAAAUGGGGAAAGCAGACAAUCUCCGAAAUGGGCUCCAACAAGUCUCUGGAGCCUAAGUACCAGGAGUUAAACCGACAAAAUUCAGGUGAGCGUUUGAAUAAUCCCAGCUCCAGCCCACAGCACCUGAAUGCUCAGAAACUGGAAGAAAUGUACAAUCAAAUGACACAGUCUCAGCCGAACCUUACCAUCAGCAAGCCAGAGCACGCUAGCAAGUCCACUGUACAUGAAGAAGAGCUACAAAUGGAGGAAGUUCCUUGUUUAACUGACCCAUUGCUCACCACUCCUGCAGAAACUAUCAUGGAUAUGAGGAGCACUUCUAGCAUCGACAGUUUUGCUAGCUGCGCCACUGAUUUUACUGAAACAGAAAGGUUCCUUGUCUCUUCAAAGAUUCCUGAACAAGGACACCUAAGAUGGACUCCUGACGCCAAUCCCAUGGAUGAGCAGCCGUCUCUGGCAAUCGUGGGAAGCAGCACAUUUGAUUAUGGUGUUUGUGAUUUCAACGUAAAUGAAUCGUGCCGUUUUUCUAUGGAGCGGCCUGGAUGCUCCAAUUUAGACAGCAUAGUGGAAAGUCCCAAGAGCUCUUUGAAAGGGAGCAACCCAUUGAAAUCCAGGGCUCUUAAAGUGAAUUUUAUGGAAAUUAAGAGUGGUGCUCCUCCGACACCACCAAGUACUGCCCGACCCCUGCCAGUGUCAGUGAUAGAUUUCUCAAUGUCUACACCUAAGCACAUCAGCACCAUCCUGUUGGAAGAUAACUCUCCUCAAAGUGAAAAUGUGCUCCUCGGUGCUGAUGUGCUAGGUCAGCACCAGGCUGCUAGUAAGAGGUCACCUCAACAGUUUUCCAAGCAGAAACUUUUUGCUUUCCAUGCAAGAGGGAGGAAGAGUUGCGUGGACUUAGACAGUGAGGAAGAUGACGAGCUUCCGGAGGCCAAAGAGCCACAUUACAACAUCCAGCAGGAAGGCAGACAGAACUGCUGCAGUGAAAGACACGAUAAGCACAGCAAGGAUGAAAACCAUGUGGAGGGCGCGUGUGUUGUGGGUGCGGUUUCUCCAAAAUACACUGGUCAAAACUGCACUCAAAGUGCGCAUAGUGUGGUAGGAGAUGGCAAGACAGAGAGCAACCAGGCUGCAUACAAAAUGGAAAAUCACAUGUUUACGCCAGAAAUUCACAUGAAACCCGGAGAAGGAGGUUAUUCAUCCUCAUGUGAAACUAGCAUGUGA